GGAUGUGGAUGCAGAUGUAACAAGUGUUUCCUUCCAUCACACCUGCCAAGGCCGAGGCUACCUGGUGUCCAGGAAGACAGUGCUGACCGUCCAGGAGUCCAGGACAAAGAGGAUAUCCACAGUCUCCUGGAAUUCACUCAAGGCAGCGCUCCACUGUGGUCGCCUCAGCCGCUGCAUUCGUCAUUCUGAGGCCUCUGCUCAUCCUGCACCCCAAAGAUGGAGGUACUGCUUGGAGUGAAAAUUGGCUGCCUGCUUGCCCUUCUGGUUCUCACCCUGGGCUGUGGCCUUGCUCCCAUCUACUUCAGAUGGUUCCAGAUGGAUGCAGCUACAGGUCGUCACUACAGAGUUCUCAGCCUCCUGGGCUGCAUCUCUGCCGGUGUCUUUCUGGGAGCAGGGUUGAUGCAUAUGACUGCUGAAGCCCUGGAGGGAAUUGAAUCAGAAAUUCAGAAAUUCGUGGUGCAGAACAGUACAGGAAGUACAGGCAACUCUUCUCGUGAUGCUGCUUCCGGUUAUGUGGAGUAUCCCUAUGGAGAGCUCGUCAUCUCGCUGGGCUUUUUCUUCGUCUUCCUUCUGGAGUCGCUGGCAUUGCAGUACUGCCAAGGGGAUGCUGAAGGAUCGACGGUGCGGGAAGAGGAAUGGGGAGGGACUCAUGCCUUUGGAUUCCACAAGCACCCUCCGGUGCCCUCGCCGUCGCAGGGUCCCCUCCGCGCCCUCGUCCUUCUGAUCUCUCUGUCCUUUCACUCCGUGUUCGAAGGCCUGGCCGUAGGCCUGCAGACCACAGUGGCGGCCACUGUGAAGCUCUGUGUGGCCGUCUUGGCGCACAAGGGGCUUGUGGUGUUCAGCGUAGGCCUGCGGCUGCUGAAGGUCGGCGCCGGCUCAUGGUGGGCCACAUUCUGCAUACUGUCAUUAGCACUCAUGUCUCCCGUGGGCCUGGCCCUAGGGCUGACCGUGGCUGGAGCGGCCUCAGGACCAGGGCAGGGAUUAGCCCAGGCUGUAUUAGAAGGAGUAGCAGCCGGCACGUUCCUGUAUGUCACCUUCCUAGAAAUCCUGCCCCGGGAGCUGGCUUGUCCCGAGGCCCCUCUGGUCAAGUGUGGCUGUGUGGCUGCUGGUUUUGCCUUCAUGGCUCUUAUUGCCUUGUGGGCCUGAAAGCUUCCUCACUGCUUUGUGGGCCUUUGAGGACACCGCCCGAAUGACUUUGGACCUCAGACAUCUUUUCAGUGAGGCUAAGCAUUUACUAGGCAGGGACUAUUCCAGAUUUUAUAUACGUGAGAUCCUAUUCUUGAUAAAGACUUAGAAAGGAUGUUUGUUUGAGUGCCCAUUUAGCUGGGGAAUUGGUAUCAAGACCACCACCCCAGAGUUGCCAUUCUGUGUAAUAAAAUGUCCUUUUGCCCCUUCCCUCCAAUCACAUUGUAAUCCAUGUCUCUGAGAGGGAAAAAGGGGUAAGGAUGGGAUUGAGACGCUCGGUCGUUUUAGUGGUUACAGGCCAUUGUUGCCUUACCCAUGGGAGCUGAGAAACAGAACAGCAUUUAGAGGGGAAAGGAUGUUUAAAAGCAGGAAACGGGCUAGAUAUUUUUCCUUCACUCCCUGCCUCCCCACUCUCAGUGCCUGCCUGUCCCCGCCAGUCCCUGCUUUUACGUGGAGUCUUGUGUAGCCUCGGGGACACCAUUGCUGUCCUCUGAGUGUCUCUCUUUCUGGCUGCCACAGGCUGAGGGAUUAAAAACCAGUGUUUGCAGAGGGGGCCUGGCGCCAGAUAAAUACCAAGGGUGAUCACUCUGAGGUGAACCACCGGGUGGCUUUCCUUCUGCCUGCCUGACCAACUGCGUGAGGAGUGGGGCAGCUGCUCCCCUGCCUAACAGAGGGCACUCCUGAUUCCCACACUUGGUGAAGAAGUAAGGCAGGGAAGAUGUGCCCUGGAGCCCACUCGCCCUCACCAGUGUGAUAGCCCAACAGCCUUAGCAUGAACAAACUCUUGAAUCAUUCUUGCCUGGGUCUUUGUCUCCUUCCCGCCAUAGUCCCCUCCUGAAGCAGUAAGCAGUCUAA